AUGAAGUCUGCCACCGCCCUUCUGGCUCUCACAGUCGUAGCCAAUGCCUCACCUAUCUCCAAGAUCUCCAAGAGAGAGGGAGAGGGAGAGUGGCCAUGGUCCACCAAGGAAUCUCUCUGCCAAAACAAAGCUUGGCUCCUAAGAACAGCCAAAGGAGCCGAACAGGUCUGGGAUGAGACCGGCGCCGGUGAUGAGCUCGACAGACAGCUCAUGGCCCAAUGGGAACACCAGAAAAACUGGCUUACCAACAUGGAGAACGAAGCUACCGGUGGUGUAAAGGGCAAGUUCUCCAUGGGUGGCUGUGGUGUCAUCGGUGGUGAAUGCUCCGUCAUGGGCAUUCACGACUGUGAGGAGCAGUUCGACAAAUACGGCACCAAGGCUGAUGGCUCCGAGAAUCCCAUCGGCAAGGUGUCGUACUGGAUCUUCCAGGCCGUCAAGGGAAUGCAGAACAAGUUCACUAUUUUGCGCAACAAGCUCGUCGAAGAGACUAUUGUUACCAACCUCCUUAUCGGUGAAAUGGUAGAGGCGUUUCAAGGUAACGAGGAGCACACGGAAGAGGUUUUCAAGUGGCUCUCUGCCGCGAUUGGUCUCGGCAGCACAGUUGGAGGUCUGAUUCCCGGAGCUGGAGAGGGUAUCUCUACCGGUCUCGACAUCAUGGGUGGUAUCUUCGAUAUCAUCGCUGAGGAGACAAAACCCGAGGAAAUCGACCAAGGCACCAUAUCUUCUGCCCUAGCCGACCUCUUUACCAAAACCUCCAGCCAAAUCGACAAGACCAUGCGCCUCGCCACCGGCGUCAUCGACGAGACAAAGGGUGAAACCGUCGAAACCAUCGACACCCUCCCGUCCGUAAACAAGUACGGCCCCUGGAUCCACAACCAAGUCACCCGCUUCUUCAAUGGCGGCUGGUUCCUUUUGGAUGACACGUCCAAGCCCGUCGACGUACUCAUCAACUCCAUCACCGGCAGCAUCAAGCCCAAGAUCGCCAACAACGUCAUGAAAGCAGCCGGUCUCCGCCUCGUCGCCGACAAGCGCAUCGCUAACCAGGAAGAUUGCGGUUACGCUACUGGCCGUCAGUGGAUGAAGCUCAAGGACAGCCAGGAAUAUUGCUUUUACAUCAUGCGCCAUAAGCCGCAAGGUAUGCAUGGUGAGACGUGGGCUGAGGCUACGGAGGAUGUGUACGUCAACAUGGCCAAGUACAACCUGCAACUGCGGGAUCCUUACUACCGUGCUAUUGUGGACUGUGCUACCAGUGGACAGGAUGGUCUUGACUUGGCGAACCUUGGCUUUAACAACAUUCCUGUUUGUUUCUUCAAUUUGGAGGCUUUCUUUAUUGAGCAUAAUGAUGGGCCGGAGUGUAACUCCAACAUGAUCAACAAGGUGUGCAAUCCCAUCAAGGCCACUCCUAUCAGUUAG